AAGUUCUGAACCCCAAGUCCUGCCCUUUUUUUCUUGACCACAUCGAGUUCCUACUUGGGGUCGCCGUGCCGCCGCCGCCGCGGCAGGAGGGGCGAGAGGGAGAUGGAUCACCACCACCCGCAGCAGCCGCAGCAGUACGGCGACCCUUACCGCGGGCUGGUGCCGUCCCCGCAGCCCGACCACCACCUCCACGCUCUUCAGUACCACCACCAGCCGCAGCCGGCGCUGAUGUCUCCACCGCAGCCGCAGCCGCAGCCAGGGCUGAUGUCUCCACCGCAGCAGCAGCCACAGCCGGGGCUGAUGUCUCCGCCACAGCCGCAGCAGCAUCACCAUGCCUCGCUCGCCUCCCACUUCCACCUCCUCCAUUUGGUCACAAGAUUAGCUGAUACUAUUGGUACUGGAACAAGGGAUCAAAAUUUUGAUGCACUGGUGGAAGAGUUGACCAGCCAAUUUGCCAGGUGCCAACAAUUGUUGAACUCCAUAUCAGGAACAAUAAGUUCGAAGUCUACUACGGUUGAGGGACAAAGGCAGAGUUUGGAUGAAACCCGGCAGCUGCUUGACCAAAGAAAGGAGUUGAUUACAAAGUACAGAAGCUCAGUCGAAGACCUCCUCAAGGGCGAUACAAGAUGAAAUGAAUACCAUCAUAAUGCUUUAAUAUUUGGUAGUUACUGUCACCAUUAGUUGAAAUCCCUUUGUAUUUGAAUUUUCUGGUAUGGGCUAACCGAACUGGAAGAUGGUCCGGAGUAGGGGCCUCGCAUUGUAAUGUUGGAAUUGAACCGCUGCACUCAUAAAGUCAGAAUGUCGAAGUGCAGUGUAUACUGGAAUACUUACAUGACCCGAUCGAGUAAUUAAUUAUCAUGGGAUGAGCUGGUGGACCACCCCGGCGUGCUUCUGACUA